AUGACUCUCGGUUCGCUAGCUCGGUCUACCCAGCAGCUUCAUGAAGCCGUACGAGAUGGCGCAACUUGGGGCUAUGUCAUUUACCGCACUACCUACACUUCUCAAUCCGACGGUGCUUUCCCUCAAUUCCUCGAUCUUCUAAAUUCCUCCAUCAAACACGAAUUGUUCUCUCCAUGCGCGACGGCACAGGGAGAUAUCCGACACGCUCCGGACGCGACUACCUGUAACGAGAUAUGGGCCCAGUACCAGCCAAUCGUUAUGGCCCACCAAGCCCAGUUCAAUCGAGCAUCGGUAGAUUCACUUCGUUUACAUUUUCAAUCCUGGGUGAAGGCGCGAGAGGGGCGCAAUAACCCCGCUUUAUACCGAACAUGUAUCGUAUUCGACGAAGAGUCAUUACAGGCAUUUCUGGAGGCUCCUCCCUCGACCCAAAUAAUAGAAACGAAUUUCAAGAAGCCUUUUGAUGCAGGUCGCUUUGUGAAAGUUAUUUCAGCGUCGGCAGAGGCUGAAGAGUUUGAUGGGUUUCUGGGCGCGGAGUAUCCGAACGAGCAUUCUGACGGAAUUAGAAUGGAUUUGACUUCUCAUGAAAGGAAACACACGGCCGCCGGGAACUCGGAUUCUGAGGAGUAUGAUGGAUUUAUGGGAGGAUAA